AUGCCGCAUCGAAUUGAUCCUGGAAGCAAUGCUGUACUGCACUGUUCAAGAGUGGAGCUUUCAAGUGCGAUUCUGGCAUUCAUGACCGUCCGAGGUGAUGAGUCGUUCCUUGCAGUCGUCAGAAACCUUCCUAACACCUUCGAGAUGUUUUUUGCGUCAUCUGGUGAGUGCUCUGUACAAACGAGGGUAUUUGUGGGCAACACCCUGCGGCUUCUGAUGAGGAGAGGAGAUCACAAGGCUGCGAUGAGACUGGCACACGCUGCAAACUUUGACGUCAUCAUGCGAGACAGCCUGGACAGCUUUGUGAGGGAAGAAAAACAAAUCUGGGGCUCGCUGCUAGCUGACGUCAUACUGCACUGCGAAUCAAACGCCGCAUGGAAACUUGAUUGCUCCAUCUCCUUCAUUCUGCGGAGAUGCCAAGGAUGGCAGUCCUCCUUCGAUCCCGCUGAGCAUCUCGUGCUGCUGUGGUGCAUCAGCAGGCUGGCAAGGGCAGACGGAGGGAGAGAACGUCUCCUUCAAGGCAAGGUGCAGAGCAUCUUGUGGGAGGUGUAUCGGAAGGGAACAUACAUCAGCAGACAUGAGGAGCGCAACGAUGACGAGUCCGUGCGGGCUACUCAAAGCUUGCUGGCAUUGGCGCUGCUCCGUCUCACCGACGGGCGACUGUCCUUGAGCAUGGUUUCAUACGUCCUCUCGUCCCUCCUGCUGGAGUGCGUCGAAUCGAACAAGCUCUCCGCCUCCUUCGGGCUCGUGGAAGUUCAUUUGUGGGAGGUGUUGGACUGCUUGCACCGAUGUUGCUUGCAGCAGGCAGACUUGAACGCGGCUGGGGUGGAUGAGAUAGCGAAGCUGUUGUUCCUCAGGCUCCCUGAAAGAUUCCGAGAGAUCCUGGAGGUGGAGGAGCGAGGAGACGACCUCCUCCAUGUCCACAACGUCAUGCAGAGAUGGAGCGAUGCGCUGGUCUGCGGGCGGGCGACUAUGCGAUGGUUCCUGCAGAAGGGCAAGUGUGACCUGCCGAUCGGAAGCGAAUCGGCGAUGAGGAAGAUUGAAAGCUGUGCUGCCGUGUUGGAGGGAAAGGAGAAGGAGGUGGAGGAGCUCAUUGGCGAGUACGUCAAGGUAGUGCAGGGGGAGCUUGAGUCCACUGCGCUGUUGGAGGGAUCGAGGAGGCCUGAAGAGCAUGACAAGGGGACGAGCCCGGAACGAGAGCGAGCGAUGAUGCAGCUCCUUGAGGAUAGGAUCGAGAGCGCGUAG